UGCAGCAAGCUCCCUCGUCGUCAUCGACCAGCCAUGGGGAGCUCGAGCUAUAAACAUGGACAAGAGAGCAGGUCCAGCUUCUCGCACACCCAGAGACAAAGGAAACGUGAAGAUAUUAAGAUCAACGCAGACAUGUCGUCUCGCUCCUGCGGCUUCGCUGUGUCAGUGCUCCUCCUCAUGCUCGCCGUCACGGCCAGCGCCACCACCGGCGAGCCCACCACGCACGAGGAGCCGCACCACGAGCGGAUCCUCCUCCUGGCCGACGCCGACGCCGACGCCCACCAGCUGCUGCGCAAGGAGGAGGAGGCGGCGGCGGCCGCCACCAUCGCGGCACUCGCUACGGAGGCCGUGAGGGUGGCGUCCGCGGCCGAUCAGAAGAAGGACGGUGGUGGCGUCGCGGCGGCGGCGGCGGAGUGGCAGGACGCGAAGACGAGCCGCCUCAUCGCGACGCAGGGCGACGACAACAGGAGCGGCUCGUCAUCGCCGUCGGCCGGCGGCGGCAAGGAGGCGGGGAGCGGCAAGGAGGCCGAGAAGUCGAAGAGCUGCGUGUCCAAGGAGGAGUGCCACAAGAAGCGGCUCAUGUGCGGCAAGAGCUGCACCAUGUCCGCGCACACCAAGUGCGCCGCCAAGUGCUCCAAGUCAUGCAUCCCGACCUGCACCUAGCGAGCUUGCUUAGCCUGCAGCUGAUCUCGCCGCCAUUCGAUUCAUCCAUCCAUCCAUCGAAUCCUUCUCGGUUUCGUAGUAGUCUUGAUCUUGAUUAGCUUGUUUUGUCUAGCUCGGUGAAGAAGGGAAUAAGCAGGGGCAUGCAUGCAGCAUGCCAGUGCAGACUGUGCAGUUGCAUGCGUGCCUCUCGUCAUCAUGUCGUCGCGUUUAUUUGUUUAGGCUCCAACCUUUGUUUUAGGCUUCUUUAAAUAUAGUGUUUUUUGUUGUCCUUUGUGGUGUGAAAUGUUACUGCAAGUUCAAUAAGAAUGGAAGGGAAUUCUAAUUUGUUUGCCAAUUGCUACGGCCAGAGAGCAAUUGCAGGAGUUUAC